AUGAAACUUGCAGUAAUCUUGGUCAUCUUCUCGGUGCUUAUCGUUGCCAUGGUUCAAGCAGCUCCUGUUGGACCAAAUGCGCACACUCUCGGAGUGCGUUUUAAGGACCUAUAUGCGGCCAAAGUGGCACAAUUGAAGAAAAUUCACAAAGGUUAUGUCUCCCAGAUCAAUGAGUUUAACGAGCAAUUACCAAAAGCCGCAGCGAAGGAUGGUACAGAAGUACCAGAAUUUCUCGAGAAGUGGAAUAACCGUUACAAGAAUCUCGUCGGCAAAUUGAAUGGUAACACGAAAAAGUUGGAUAAGGCUGUCAAGAAUCUUAACAAAUUCUUGAGUUCCUAA